AUGCGUUUGUUGUUAGGAAUAGCUCUUUGGAUCGUUCCCCCAGAGCCAGCUGCAACACAGUUAAAGCAGCUGAUGCGCAUUCCAUCAUCGCUUGAUCCACUACCAUCUUGCACCUUACCUUCUUUCGAACCACAUAUCACGCUCUCAAGCUUCCCAAGUUCCGUACCACUCGAGCUUCUACGCUCAGUGCUCGGCGAGAUUAAGCAAACCAAUGCAAGGCCUUUGCGUGUGGAGUUUACUGGUUUUGGGACAGGAGACACGUUCUUCCGCUCGGUCGUUAUUGACGUUUUGGUCACGCCUGAGUUGCAAGACGUGCACGAUCGCGUUCAGCGGGCUGUGAGAAUGAAUGGGUACGAAGUGUCUAGUCCGAGGUUCCCGCAUAUUUCGUUGUUUUACAUUCCGGAUGAAUUUGGUGCGGAGAGGAAGAGAAUAAGGGAUGCUUUGUGGGAGACAUGUGGCAUACAGUGUGGUUUGGACUACCCAGGGCGGAUGAUUGCGUUUAAAGUCAGUGAGGGAGUGUUUAGUGGGUUUGAUACUUUUGAGGUGUGGAUUGUACGGUGUGAAGGGCCUGUUGAAGGGUGGGAGGUGCUCGAGAAGGUUGAGCUUGCUGGAUAAUGUACAAAUUGAACAAUUUCAAUGUUUGCAAUCAGUAGAGUGGAAGCAGCAAAG